AUAGUUGGAUCAUUUCAAAAAUCCAUACUUACAUUAGACUAUAUAAGAUAGUUUAACAAUUCAGUUAAUUUCAGAAACAAGAAACAUUGCCGCCAUGAGAUAUUUGGAAAUUCCGGUGAAUAUUUCCCGAGCAAGCAGCUGCGAGAGCACUCAAAGCACCACCAACAUCAUCCCCUCCUCCUUCGCCCGCUCCACCUCCUACGUCGACAUCUCCGACCUCGACUACGCGGAGGAGCUCUACCACCGCACCGUCGUCCACGGCGGCGACACUCCCUCCUCCGCCGCCGCCUUCCGCCGCCUCGACAGAAUCCGCGGCGGCCGCAGCACCGUCGCCUCCUUCCUCCGGUCCCUCCUCUCCCUCAUCACAUUCCCCUCCCUCCUCCCCUCCUGCCGCCUCUCCAACACCCCCUCCCUCGGCCGGAAGGUCACCGGAACCCUAUUCGGGCGCCGCCGCGGCAAUGUCAGCUUCGCAGUCCAGUACGAUCCGAGAUCCGUCCCCGUCUUCCUCGUCGAAUUCGCCGUCUCCACCGCCACGCUGGUGAAGGAGAUGUCGGCGGGGAUGCUGAGGAUCGCGCUGGAGUGCGAGAAGCCGCCCCCGGCAGAAUCGAGGCCGCGGAGGUCGGCGUCGCGGCUGUUCGGGGAGCCGGUGUGGAAGAUGAACUGCAACGGGAGGCAGUGCGGGCACGCGCAGGUGCGCGAAUGCAAUGAGUCGGACUGGCACGUGCUGAGCACGGUGCAGAGGGUGUCGGUGGGGGCAGGGGUGAUCCCGGUGGUGGAGGAGGCGGGGAAAGGGAAAGCGGCGGAGAAGGGCGAGCUGGUUUAUAUGCGGGGCCGGUUCGAGCGGGUCGUGGGGAACCGGGACUCGGAGGCGUUUUAUAUGCUUAACCCGGAUGGGAAUAGCGGACCGGAGCUCGGGAUUUUCUUGCUUAGGAUUUGAUGUAAAAAAGAAUUACUUAAGCUAAAUGAGAUUUUAAUUAUAUUUAGUGUUUUUUAUAUGUGUUUUUCUUGGAUGGGAUGAGGGAGUAGGAAAUGCAGUUGGGUUGUGUGUGGUGUAGGUAACUUUUUUCGCCCGUUCUGCCGACUUGGCCAUCCACAGACAGAGUUGGCAGUUUUGUUCUUCAGUCUUCGUAGUGUGUUAUGGCCUUUGUACUUUGUUACUUCAAUAAAUGUUCACUUUGCUAAAA